UUAGGAAGAACACACCCAGAGUGACAUCAGUGAGCUUUGAAGAAGAAGAAGAAGAAGAAGAAGAAAAGUGUCCAGUGAAACUAGAGCAGAGGAGGAAGAAGAGGGCCGAGAGGUCCUUCUGGGUUUCUAUCGGUUUGUUUGAAGUUCCGGAGAGUUUUGGGAACCAACGUGUCCAAACUGCGCGUAAAGUUUGUUACCGAAGCGGCGCUCAGAGUCUCUAGAGAAGAGAGGAGGAAGGAUGUCAACUUCAGACGAGACAGACGGGCUGCGGCCCAGAUAUGGCUCCGUCCUGGAUGGCGUGGAGCGGCUCACGGCGGAGGAGAUGGACGAGCAGCGGCAGCAGAACAUGGCCUACGAGUACCUGUGUCACCUGGAGGAAGCCAAAAGAUGGAUGGAGGCCUGUCUGGACGAGGAGCUGCCUCCCACCACGGAGUUGGAGGAGGGGUUGAGGAACGGCGUCUAUCUGGCCAAACUGGGCAACUUCUUCGCCCCAAAAACCGUCUCCCUCAAGAAGAUCUACGACCGCGAGCAGACGCGCUACAAGGCCACCGGUCUCCAUUUCAGACACACAGACAACGUCAUCCAGUGGCUCAACGCCAUGUCAGAGAAGGGACUGCCAAAGAUCUUCUACCCUGAAACCACAGACAUAUACGACAGAAAGAACAUGCCGCGCUGCAUCUACUGUAUACACGCACUCAGCCUGUAUCUGUUCAAGCUCGGCCUGGCCCCUCAGAUCCAGGAUCUGUAUGGAAAAGUAGAUUUCACUGAGGAGGAGAUCAACAACAUGAAGAGCGAGCUGGAGAAGUACGGGAUCCAGAUGCCCGCCUUCAGCAAGAUUGGAGGGAUCCUGGCCAAUGAGCUGUCGGUGGAUGAAGCUGCAUUACACGCCGCCGUGAUCGCCAUCAACGAGGCCAUCGACCACGGUGCACCGGAGGGCACGGUGGCCGCUAUGCAGAACCCCAACGCCAUGCUGGUCAACCUGGACGCCAGCGGCGCUCGCCAGUACCACGACACGCUGUACCAGGCUAAGGGAGAGAAGGUGGCCAGCUCACGCAAACGGCAAAUGGAGAAUGUGGACGCAGAGAGAGAUAUCUACGAUGAGCUUCUCACCCAGGCUGAAAUCCAGGGCAACGUCAACAAGGUCAACGUGAGCAACGCCUUGAGUGCAGCCGAACAGUCGUUGCUGAGCGGCGAUGAGAAUAAGUUAUACGAGGCCCUUAAAGCCAUGGGCGUCCAGAACAUGCAGGCCCAGAACAAAGCCUGGUACCUCAAACAGCUGCAGGGUGACCGAGAGAAUAAAGACCAGACGUCUCCAGGAGAAGCUCUGACUAAGGAUGAGCUGCAGUGCGGCGUGGUCGUGUCCAAUGAGAUUGCAGAAGCCUACAUAAAGAUGUUGAAGGCCGUGGAACGCAUUAACGCCGCCAUCAGGGCGGGCGUGCCGGAGAAGACGGUGGAAGAGCUGAUGAACCCCGACGCUCAGCUGCCUGAAGUUUACCCCAGCGCUGCAGACCUCUACCAGAGAGAGCUGGUCAGCCUGCAGCAGCAAAGCCCCGAGGGCUCGCUGUCCCACCCUGAGCUGCUGGUUGCCGUGGAGAUGCUGUCGUCGGUGGUGCUGAUGAACGAGGCGAUGGACGUCGGCAACCGAGACGCCCUCUGGAAACAACUGGCCAGCUCUGUCACUGGACUCAGUAAUGUGGAGGAUGAAUACGCACAGAGGUACAUGGAUGAACUGAUGCGUCUGAAGGCAGCAGCCAGAGAGGAAGGCUCCGACUAUCUCACCUGGAACGACAUUCAGGCCUGCAUCGACCAAGUCAACCUGACCGUGCAGGAGGAGCAUGAACGUAUCGCCGCCAUCGGGCUGAUCAACGAGGCCCUGGACGAAGGCGAUCCCACCAAGACCCUGUCCAUGCUGCAGAACCCCUCAGCCAAGAUGACAGAUGUGGACCCGUCGGUGGCUCAGCACUACCACGAUAAACUGCUGGAGGCCCGCAGAGAGAAGGCUCACGAGACCCAGGACCCGUCUGCUGUGCUGUGGCUGGAUGAGAUCCAGGACGCCGUUCUGAAGGCAAACCAGGACACUCAGGAGGCCUUACAGUUCUCGCAGUCCAUCCAGGCCGUGAACCAGGCGGUGGACAGCGGCGAGCCGGCUCAGACUCUGGCUGCUCUGCGUAACCCCGGAGCAGGACUGUAUGGGGUCACCUCUGAGUGUGGCCAGACCUACCAGGGUGACCUGUCCAAGAUCAAGGACGGGAAAAAGGCAGAAGGUGAUAACGGCAGUGAGUGGGUGAAACACUGGGUGAAGGGAGGACACAACUACUAUUAUAACCUGAAUGGCAAGGAGGGCACCUGGGUGGAGCCGGAGGACUUCCUGCAGAACAACACGCAGCUCAACAAGGAGGACAUCCAGUCGGUGGUUUCCGGGGUAACCACAGCCUACAAUCGGGAGCAGCUGUGGCUGGCCAACGAGUCUCUAAUUGCCAAGCUGCAAGCUCGUUGCCGUGGCUACCUGGUGAGAAACGGCCAAAAGGAGCGGAUGAGCUUCCUGACGUCCCAAGACCCAGCUGUUACCUGCAUACAGGCUCACUGGAAGGGCCACAAACAGAGGAAGAAGUUCAAAGACCGUAAGCAGUAUCUGAAAGACCACAAUGACGAGGCCGUCAAGAUCCAGUCCGUGGUUCGGAUGCACCAAGCUCGUAAGAAAUACAAGGAUCGUCUCCAGUACUUCAGAGAUCACAUCAAGGAGGUGGUGAAGAUUCAGGCGUUCAUUAGAGCCAACAAGGCCAGAGACGACUACAAGACGCUGAUCAGCGCCGAGGAUCCUCCGAUGGCGGUGGUGAGGAAGUUCGUCCACCUGCUGGACCACAGCGACCAGGACUUCCAGGAGGAGCUGGAGCUGAUGCGGAUGCGCGAGGAGGUGGUCACCAACAUCCGCUCCAACCAGCAGCUGGAGAACGACCUGAACCUGAUGGACAUCAAGAUCGGCCUGCUGGUGAAGAACAAGAUCACGCUGCAGGAGGUGGUGUCCCACAGCAAGAAGCUGACCAAGAAGAACAAGGGCCAGCUGUCCGACAUGAUGAUGAUGAACAAGCAGAAGGGAGGCCUGAAGGCCCUCAGCAAGGAGAAGAGGGUCAAACUGGAGGCCUACCAGCACCUCUUUUACCUGCUACAGACCAACCCCACGUAUCUGGCCAAGCUGAUCUUCCAGAUGCCACAGAAUAAAUCCACCAAGUUCAUGGACUCUGUGAUCUUCACCCUGUAUAACUACGCCUCCAACCAGAGGGAGGAGUACCUGCUGACCAAGCUCUUCAAAACUGCCCUGCAGGAGGAGAUCAAGUCCAAAGUGGACCAGAUGAAGGAGAUCGUCACAGGAAACCCGACGAUCAUCAAGAUGGUGGUGAGCUUCCACCGAGGUGCGCGGGGACAGAACGCGCUGCGGCAGAUCCUGGCUCCGGUCGUCAAGGAGAUCAUGGAUGACAAGUCGCUAAACAUCAAGACCGACCCGGUGGACAUCUACAAGAGCUGGGUCAACCAGAUGGAGACGCAGACUGGAGAGGCCAGUAAGCUGCCGUAUGACGUGACUCCGGAGCAGGCCAUGGCCCACGAUGAGGUGAGGACCAGACUGGAAGCCUCCAUCAAGAACAUGAAGACCAUCACGGACAAAUUCCUGUCUGCCAUUAUCGUCUCGGUGGAUAAAAUCCCAUAUGGGAUGCGUUUCGUCUCCAAGGUGCUGAAGGACACCCUUCAUGAGAAGUUCCCAGAUGCUACAGAGGACGAGCUGCUCAAGAUUGUGGGGAACCUCCUGUAUUACCGCUACAUGAACCCGGCCAUCGUGGCGCCCGACGCCUUUGACAUCAUCGAGGUGUCGGCGGGUGGCCAGCUGACCACCGAGCAGCGGCGAAACCUGGGCUCUGUCGCCAAGAUGCUGCAGCACGCCGCCUCCAACAAGAUGUUCCUGGGAGACAACGCCCAUCUCAACCCCAUCAAUGAAUAUCUCAGCGCCUCCUACCAGAAGUUCAGGCGUUUCUUUCUGGCAGCGUGCGACGUUCCCUCCCUGGAAGAUAAGUUCAACGUGGAUCAGUACUCCGACUUGGUCACCGUCACCAAACCUGUCAUCUACAUCUCCAUCGGAGAGAUGAUCAACACUCACACACUGCUGCUGGACCACCAGGACGCCAUCGCUCCAGAGCACAAUGACCCCAUCCACGAGCUGCUGGAGGACCUGGGAGAGGUUCCCACCGUUGAGUCCCUCAUCGGUGAGAAUCCUCUUCCUCCAGACGACCCCAACAAAGAGCUGAUGGGGAAGACCGAGGUGUCACUCACACUCACUAACAAGUUUGACGUCCCCGGUGAGGCCAACACUGAGAUGGACGCCCGGACUCUGCUGCUCAACACCAAGAGGCUGAUUGUGGAUGUGAUCCGGUUCCAGCCUGGAGAGACUCUGACUGAAAUCCUGGACUCAACAGGAGGAACAGAUCAGGAAGCAGAGUACCAGCGUGCGAUGCAGAGGAGGGCCAUCAGAGACGCCAAGACUCCAGAGAAGAUGAAGGCGGUGAAGCCGGUGGUGGACGACAGCCUGACGCUGCAGGGCAAGAAGGACAAGAUCAAGAGCAACCUGCAGAGGCUGGCCGAGCUGGGGAAGGUCCACCCGGAGAACCGCUAUCAGGACCUCAUCAACGACAUAGCCAAGGACAUCAGAAAUCAGAGGCGGUAUCGUCAGCGUAGGAAAGCGGAGCUGGUGAGACUUCAGCAGACCAACGCCGCCCUCAACUCAAAGACCAAUUUUUACAAUAUUCAGAUUGAUUCCUACAAUCAGUAUAUCAAGACGUGCAUGGACAACCUGGCCAGCAAGGGCAAGGUGUCCAAGAAACCAGGCGACAGCAAGGCCAAGAAGAGUAAACAGGUUUCACAGAAAUACACCGCGUCUCGCCUCCAUGAGAAGGGCGUCCUGAUCUCGAUAGAGGACCUGCAGCCCAACCAGUUCAAGAAUGCUAUUUUUGAGAUUUCUCCAUCAGAGACUGUCGGAGUUUUUGAGGUGAAGGCCAAGUUCAUGGGCGUGCACUUGGAUACGUUACAGUUAGAAUAUCAGGAUCUCCUCCAGCUUCAGUAUGAAGGCGUGGCGGUGAUGAAGCUCUUCGACAAAGCCACCGUCAACGUCAACCUGCUCAUUUUCCUGCUCAACAAGAAAUUCUACGGGAAAUAGAAAAAAAAGAAAAGGAUGAAAAGGGCUACAGACACUGAUUCAAACCACAAAACCCACUCUGAGGGUCGCAGAAAGCCCUGACCUGAACCACCCUGGCUUCCCUUCACAUUCCCUACUGCACUUCUCCUAUGUGCCUAUGCAAAUUUAUGUGCAUUAUUUUUUUUAUUAUCAUGUGGAUCACCAUAUGUGCUUUAAUGGAGCAGUCCAUUGUGCGACUCGAUCCUGCUGGAGUCUCUUUCUUACUGUCUGUAACUGUGGCUAGGUCAGAGGUUUAACAUUUGUAUGUUUUGCUUUAAAUAUUAUGAAUAUCUUGUGCAUGGGCCUUGAUUUAUUAUAAAAACAAAUGUAUGUUUUA